AAUCCUUCCCAUCUCCCGCCUUCCCGCUUCGUCUUGAAUCUCUCUCCUCCUCCUUCCCUCCCUCCCUUCUUCGCUUCCCUCCUUCACUUCACUUCACUUCGCCGCACACUUAGCACGCGCGCGCAGAGAGAGAGAGAGAGAGAGAUGCGCAGCGGCGUUUGGUGGGUCUGUGGAGAUGGACACGCCUGAGAAGACCCAGAUCGCCGCUCCCCCCGUCUCUGCCCACGAGGACUCCCCAGUUUUUAACUUCAUCAGAAGUCUCUCACCUAUCAAGCCCGUGAAAUCCACACACAUAGCUCAGACUUUCACCUCACUUCCUUUCACAGCCCUUCCCUCAGUUUUCACUUCGCCUCAUGCCAACUUUCACAAGGACCCGAGUUUUCUGCGGAGGCAUCAAAGCUUAGAUCCAUCAAAUCCCGAUUGUUCUUCUGAAAACCACAAUAUAGUCUGCCGAAAUGGGGAUUUUAUUAAUGGCAUUUCUCAGAGAAGCAAAAGCUCUGACAAAAAGGUUUCAGUUGAAGUUCAUGCUGAACCAUGCAAGGAACAUUCAGAUUUUGCAACUGAGUUUCCUCAGACCUCGAGGUGUGGCUUCUAUAAUCCGGAAGGUAACAUGACAACUUGUUCUGCUGGUGCAGAAGCUGCAGUAGAGACUGCUGGUAUGUCGACCCCCAUUAUACCGGUGGCUAUGAAAUCUUCUGGGAAACCACUUCCUGAAGGUGAAGGUCAACAACAGAAAGAAUGGCCAAUUGAUGCUAGUGACUUGUUCAUUUUUAGCUCUCCUAAUGAUGUUGAGGCAUUUAGGGAGCUUGUUCAGAGAUCACCUGAUUUUGGAACAGCAUGUUUAAGUUCUCUCAUGUCAAGGUUCACACCAGAUGAUGUCAGUGGUUUUGAGAGAUCGCAGCAGGUGGAUUUACCGUCUAGGGAACAACAACAAAUAGAACCCCCAUAUCCAACUGAUGAAGCGUACGGGCAAAAGGAAGCAAUUAAGAAUCUUGAUUACCAUAAUCUGGAUAAAUUUUUGGAUAAGUAUAUGUCAAUCCAGCUGGACAAGAAUUCGCACAAUGAUGCAGGAACAUGUGUGCCUUUUGAUUACACGCCUGUCCCUAAUUUCCAUCGGGGCUUGAGGAGGCGUUGUCUGGACUUUGAGAUUGCUGAGCUUCGUAAGCUCUCUGGUGACGAUUCGGAUUAUAGUCACAUUGCAUUAUCUCAACAUGAUGAAAACACUCUUGUGAACGAUGGGCAGCUGCCUGUUGAAAGUGAAGGUGAUCCCUUGAGGUGCACGUUACCUGGAAUUGGUCUGCACUUAAAUGCUCUGGCGACCACUUCAAACGACUACCAAAGUGUAGAACAUGGAAAUUUGUUGAGUGAAAAUCAGUUGAUGAACACGCAAAUCUCUUCUAGCUCAUUGAAUCUUCCCAAUUCCCAUCAAUCUCUUCAUGAAUCUUUGACUUCAGUUGCUUCUGAGGACAUAGGUUCUGCCGAUAAUGGAGUCCUAGUUGUACAAGAUGGUUCGCAGUCAUGUGCAUAUCCUGACAGUGAAGAGCUUGACCACAACAGUCCUCAGAAAAAGAGGCGCAAAGCAGAGCAUUCUGAAGAUACGGCCUGCAAACGCUGCAACUGCAAGAAAUCCAAAUGUCUGAAGCUUUACUGUGAAUGCUUUGCUGCUGGUGUCUACUGCAUCGAGCCGUGCGCAUGCCUAGACUGCCUCAAUAAGCCUAUUCACGAAGAUACUGUUCUUGCAACUCGCAAACAGAUCGAGUCACGCAACCCACUUGCAUUUGCUCCAAAAGUUAUUAGAGCUUCCGACUCUUUUCCUGAUACUGGGGAUGAUUCCAAUAAAACCCCUGCUUCGGCACGGCAUAAGAGGGGAUGCAACUGCAAGAAAUCUGGCUGCCUGAAGAAGUAUUGUGAAUGCUAUCAGGGCGGAGUUGGUUGCUCCUUCAACUGCAGAUGUGAAGGUUGUAAAAAUUCAUUCGGUAGAAAAGACGGAUCUACUCUAAAUGGUGUGGAGGCCGAAAUAAUUGAUGAAGGGAAGGAAAAUAUCGGAAAAAGCGUGGGGAACCAACGUUCUCUGGAAGUCGCAAAACAGAGGGAUCCAAUUCAAGCAACGCCAUCUGCAUAUUACGGACCAUCAAUUCAGACUACAUAUUCAGCAAAGAAUGAACCGCCGCGAUCCACAUCUUUGGUCACCACCAGCUCCUCUUCAGUACUUCAUGCGGGUCAAAAUCAGGGGACACAUAAACAUGUUGCCCCGCAGCCUGAGUUUGAGAAGCAUUACGACGAUAAUAAUAAUAAUAACAAUAGUAAUGCUGGUGGCAAGAUGCCAGAGGUGCUCCGAAGCAACGACACUCCCAAUGCAGUAAUCAAAACUGCUUCUCCCAAUGGCAAGAGGGUUUCUUCACCGCAUAGCGACUUUGGUUCCUCCCCUCCGCUAAGGAGCGGGCGGAGAUUGAUUUUGAAAUCCAUACCUUCUUUUCCUUCUCUCACCCAGCAUUGAGACGGUGAGAGUGACUUGGAAUAGUUGGCUUAGUGGCCUUGUUUGUGGUAGUUGUAUGCUUUAGAGGCCCUAUUGUUGUAUCAUAAAAUGUUUUUCCUUUGCCCAUAAAAACUACCUUGAGUAAUUAGAUAAUUUUUCUUUUAAUCGUUUCUUGCAUGUAUUUGCUUCUGCCCCUGUAACUAUAGAGGUGUAGCUGUAGAUUGUACAGUACCCGGUUGUCCCGUUAGUAACUGCUAAGGUUGUCUCAUAGGCGCUAUUUAUCUGAGCUCAUUUGAUCUUUCCGUAUUUAA